GUAAUUAAACCAAAAACGCGAGAAAAACAAUUAAGAUGUGUGAAAAUAGGCGGAAUAACUAAACGCUCUGCUGGCGGACAUCAACCGAUCGGAUAAACGCUCGCCGGCAGCGGUAAUUGUGGAGCGAUAGAAACGCCAGCGCCAUGCCCAUAGACAUAGACGCCCGACGACGACCAAGUGCCAAAAGCGAGAACCGAGCGUGAGCGACUGCCAGGAGCAGGAUCCGAUUCGCAUCCGUUUCCGGUGUCCGGAGUCCGGAGUCCAUCCGCUAGUCAAGAGAGAUAGAGAGAGAGAGAGAGAGAGAGUGAGAGAUCGAGUGCCAAGCCAAGUUGCAUUUAGAUUGAGCCCCGACCCACGCAACUGAAAGCCACAGCGACAUGGGCAACAAGAACUCGUGCUGUGCGUACUCCAGUCCGCAGUCGGACCGCAAGUCCAAGGACCUGCCGCCGGUGUUCGAGGAGCGCCACCAGCUGAGCCAUCCGCCGCACACGUCGCAGCACCAGCUGGAUGGGCAUGGGCACCAUGGCUCUUCGUCGGCGGUGCACCUGCACCACCAUCACCAUCACCAUGGCCAUAAUCAGCAGCAGAAUCAGCCAGGCGGCGGCGACAACUUCGAGAAUCAGCAGAAUCUGCAGCACAUCUCCGAGCGCGAGGCGACGGAGGGCGAGGAGGAUCCGUCGGUGGACCCCACGGCGGCCACCAUGUUCCUGGAGCGAUCCAAGGUGGAGAACGGCGGCAUGACGCGCAAGCGUUCGCAGCAGCAGAUUGCCCAGCAGGCGGGAGGAGGUGGCGGCGGCGGCGGCAGCACACCCGGUGGCAAUAGUUGCGGCGGAGGCAUCGGCGGUGGCGGCGGCGGCAUGAAGAAGAGCUCCUCCUGCUCGACGAUCUAUCUGGACGACAGCACCGUGUCGCAACCGAAUCUGAAGAACACGGUCAAGUGCGUCUCGCUGGCCAUUUACUAUCACAUCAAGAACCGGCAGUCGGACCGGCGGCUGGACAUCUUCGACGAGAAGCUGCAUCCACUGACCCACGACCAGGUGCCGGAUAACUACGACACUCACAAUCCGGAGCACCGCCAGAUCUACAAGUUCGUGCGCACGCUCUUCAACGCCGCCCAGCUGACGGCCGAGUGUGCCAUCAUCACGCUAGUCUACCUGGAGCGGCUGCUCACCUACGCCGAGCUGGACGUGGGUCCCUGCAACUGGAAGCGCAUGGUGUUGGGUGCAAUACUGCUCGCCUCGAAGGUGUGGGACGAUCAGGCCGUUUGGAAUGUGGACUACUGCCAGAUACUCAAAGACAUCACCGUGGAGGACAUGAACGAGCUGGAGCGCCAGUUCCUCGAGCUGCUGCAGUUCAACAUCAACGUGCCGUCGUCGGUGUACGCCAAAUACUACUUCGACCUGCGGACGCUGGCCGAGGCCAACGAGCUGAACUUCCCCACGGAGCCGCUGUCCAAGGAGCGGGCCCAGAAGCUGGAGGCCAUGUCGCGGGUGAUGCAGGACAAGGUCACCGCCGAGGCGCUGAAGAAUGGGAUCAAGAAGUGGUCCUCCAUGGACAACAUCAGUCAGGGCGGGCCGCGUCGCAGCGUGGCCAUACUAUCGUGAUUUAUAUUAGCUAACUAAAACAGCAGAGCAACCAUCAGCAGCAAUGAGUCAAGCGAUCCGUAUUCUGUGUGUAGAAGUCCGUAGGUCCGAUCGAUCUUUACUUGAGAACCGUACAGCUCCCCCCUCUCUAAUUCAGAGAUUCAUUUCGCAGGCCACCCGACGGAGUUCACUCUGCGGGAGGGUUUUUAGCCAGCACCUGAUGCCCACAGCUAAAUAUGUGCAGAAUCACACUAUUAUAUAUACACACACACACACACACACACAAAACGUUUUAACCACAAGUCUCGAAUUAAGGACCACUUUUUACAUAUACAUGCCAACGGAUGUAUAUUCUUGUAAGCGAAACUACCGAUGCAGUCAAGGAUUUGGGGGGAUUUUAAUGAGAUACAGAUGAAGGAAGUACUACAGCAACGCGUAACCAAUUGCCAAACGAUAGAAAAUCACAGAAACCGUAAAGAAUUGUUUGUAAAAAGGCUUAAAUAUUGUAAUUGACUCGGCCACCCUGCUGGCAAAUGGCAAUUAAUCAAUUUAAUCUCAACGCUUGGCCUCGGCUGAGAAAUCGUCAUUCACUUAGCGUCCGCUCCGCGCCCACAACAUAUUUCCCUGUACAUUUCUUACGAAUUUAAUUUGUUUAGUUUGCCCAAUUUUCUGAAUACCUUAAUAUGAUUUCGUGUGAUUCUUAUAGUUUCCAUUUAGCUUUAUACGAUGAACGUUAUUCAUUAUUCGGCUUACCCGCGUCAGGCUUCAGGCACAAACGAAAGGGGGCGCGGCCUGCGGCAAGUUGAUUUGUUUUUUAUUUGGUUCUUAGCAUUAGAAAACAAACAUAAGAUGAGCAAGAGCAGGAGCAAGAGUAUGAAAGAGCACAGCGCAAUAUUAACCCAAAAGAUUUGUGAGUAAAUUAAUGUACUAGACAUAUAAGGAUACGAAUUAUAUGCAAAAUGUAUUUUAUUUUGUAAUUUAUUUUACGAUAAAGCUAAAUAAAAGCAAAUCAAAGAAAUAGA